CGGAUUUGUUCUCCCAGAAUGCCUUUUACUUCCUCUUCCCUUCCGCGGCCUGAACAUCUCUGAAAAUGGUCCGCUACUCUCUCGACCCGGAGAACCCGACUAAAUCAUGCAAGUCGAGGGGCUCAAACCUUCGUGUUCACUUCAAGAACACCCGCGAGACCGCCCAGGCCAUCAAAGGCAUGCACAUCCGCAAGGCUAACAAGUACCUGAAGGAUGUGAUGGUCAAGCACCAGUGUGUUCCCUUCCGUCGUUACAAUGGUGGUGUUGGCCGUUGUGCUCAGGCAAAGCAGCAUAACUGGACUCAGGGACGCUGGCCCAAGAAGAGCGCAGAGUUCCUGCUCCACAUGCUGAAAAAUGCAGAAAGCAACGCUGAGCUCAAGGGUUUGGAUGUGGACUCUCUGGUGAUUGAGCACAUCCAGGUGAACAAGGCCCCAAAGAUGCGUAGGCGUACUUACCGUGCCCAUGGACGCAUCAACCCCUACAUGAGCUCCCCAUGCCACAUCGAAAUGAUCCUCACUGAGAAGGAACAGAUCGUUCCCAAACCAGAGGAGGAGGUGUCUCAGAAGAAAAAGAUUUCUCAGAAGAAACUGAAGAAGCAGAAGCUUAUGGCUCGGGAGUAAAUGUAAAUAAAGUCCAACAUUCGUACUACA